ACGGUGGGACUGCGCAUGCGCAAUGCACCACAAUUAGAAAAACGUCUGAGUGGACUGGGGGCUCGGAGCAGCAGAGCAGAGCACCGCUUCGGGGGAAGGCAGGACCGGGAAAGUCGCUACACCGUUUGUUGCACCAUAAUGUCCAAACCCCACAUUCAGACAGAAUGGGAGGAAAUUGACAAGGAAUAUCAACAACUGCAGGAAACUCAUAAAAUAUACAGACAAAAACUGGACGAGCUCACCAGUCUUCAAGCUACAUGCAGCAGUGCCAUCAGUAAACAGAGAAAAUGUCUCAAAGACUUGAGGCGUGGCUUGUCCAAGCGUGCUCAGUCCUGCGACGAAGAAGAGCUGAAACUAAUAACGAACAUCAAAACACAGAUCAACGAGAGAGAACAUGUUUUCUUUGAUAUGGAAGCAUAUUUGCCAAAGAAGAAUGGAUUAUAUCUGAGUUUGGUUCUGGGAAAUGUGAAUGUGACGCUUCUCAGUAACCAGGCAAAAUUUGCUUACAAAGAUGAGUAUGAGAAGUUCAAGCUUUAUAUGACAAUAAUCCUGAUGUUUGGCGCUAUAACCUGCCUCUUCUUUCUCAACUAUCGAGUUACUGAUGAAAUAUUCAACUUUUUGUUGGUGUGGUAUUACUGCACGUUGACCAUAAGGGAAAGCAUCCUCAUCACCAAUGGUUCUAGGAUCAAAGGCUGGUGGGUGUCCCAUCAUUAUGUCUCCACUUUUCUGUCAGGUGUUAUGUUGACCUGGCCAGAGGGACAGAUGUAUCAGAUGUUUCGAAGCCAGUUCCUCGAGUUCUCCAUUUAUCAGAGCUUCCUUCAGUUCCUCCAGUAUUACUACCAGAGCGGCUGCUUGUACCGGCUGCGUGCUUUGGGGGAGAGGAAUCAGCUGGACCUAACAGUGGAGGGGUUCCAGUCCUGGAUGUGGAGAGGACUCACUUUUCUUCUGCCUUUUCUGUUCUUUGGCCAUUUAUGGCAGCUGUACAACUCUGUGACCCUGUUUCGCCUGGCAGCACAUGAGGACUGUAAGGAGUGGCAG